AUGCCCGAGAACGUGGCCCCCCGGAGCGGGGCGCCCGCCGGGGCUGCCGGCGGCCGCUACAAAGGCGCCUAUCAGGACCGGGAUAAGCCGGCCCAGAUCCGCUUCAGCAACAUCUCCGCGGCCAAAGCUGUUGCUGAUGCUAUUAGAACAAGCCUUGGACCAAAAGGAAUGGAUAAAAUGAUUCAAGAUGGAAAAGGCGAUGUGACCAUUACAAAUGAUGGUGCCACCAUUCUGAAACAAAUGCAAGUGUUACAUCCAGCAGCCAGAAUGUUGGUAGAGUUGUCUAAGGCACAAGAUAUAGAAGCAGGCGAUGGCACUACAUCGGUGGUCAUUAUUGCUGGCUCUCUCUUAGAUUCCUGUACCAAGCUUCUUCAGAAAGGAAUUCAUCCAACUAUCAUUUCGGAGUCAUUCCAGAAAGCUUUGGUAAAAGGUAUUGAAGUAUUGGUUGACAUGUCUCGACCUGUGGAACUGAGUGACAGAGAAACUUUGUUAAAUAGUGCAGCCACUUCAUUGAACUCAAAGGUUGUCUCUCAGUAUUCAAGUCUUCUUUCUCCUAUGAGUGUAGAUGCAGUUAUGAAAGUGAUUGACCCAGCCACAGCUACAAGUGUAGAUCUUAGAGAUAUCAAAAUAGUUAAGAAACUUGGUGGGACAAUUGAUGAUUGUGAGUUGGUGGAAGGGCUGGUUCUCACUCAGAAGGUGGCAAAUUCUGGUAUAACCAGAGUCGAAAAGGCUAAAAUUGGGCUUAUUCAGUUUUGCUUAUCUGCUCCCAAAACAGACAUGGAUAAUCAGAUAGUAGUUUCUGACUAUGUCCAGAUGGACCGAGUGCUCCGAGAGGAGAGAGCCUAUAUUCUAAACUUAGUGAAGCAAAUUAAAAAAACAGGAUGUAAUGUUCUUCUCAUACAAAAAUCUAUUCUAAGAGAUGCUCUAAGUGAUCUUGCAUUACAUUUCCUAAACAAAAUGAAGAUUAUGGUGGUUAAGGAUAUUGAAAGAGAAGAUAUUGAAUUCAUUUGCAAGACGAUUGGAACCAAGCCAGUUGCUCAUAUUGACCAGUUCACUGCUGACAUGCUGGGAUCAGCUGAGUUAGCUGAGGAGGUCAAUUUAAAUGGUUCUGGCAAGUUGAUCAAGGUUACAGGCUGUUCAAGCCCUGGAAAAACAGUUACAAUUGUUGUUCGUGGAUCUAACAAAUUGGUUAUUGAAGAAGCUGAGCGCUCCAUUCAUGAUGCCCUAUGUGUCAUCCGCUGUUUAGUGAAGAAUAGAGCUCUUAUUGCAGGAGGUGGUGCUCCAGAAAUAGAGUUGGCUCUACGAUUAACUGAAUAUUCACGAACAUUGAGUGGCAUGGAAUCCUACUGCGUUCGUGCUUUUGCAGAUGCUAUGGAAGUAAUUCCAUCUACACUUGCUGAAAAUGCUGGCCUGAAUCCCAUCUCUACAGUAACAGAACUAAGAAACCGGCAUGCCCAUGGAGAAAAAACUACCGGCAUUAAUGUCCGAAAGGGUGGUAUUUCCAACAUUUUGGAGGAACUGGUUGUCCAGCCUUUGUUGGUUUCAGUUAGUGCACUGACUCUAGCGACUGAAACUGUCCGGAGCAUCCUGAAAAUUGAUGAUGUGGUAAACACUCGGUAA